AUGAAAAUAGUACUAGCUGCAUUGCUCCUUGGGCUAACGGCCGUUUUAGCAUAUUCUGCCGAUGAUGACCUCGACGAUUAUAUUGACGAGUGGGUCUUGGUACCUGAUGUUAACUACAACAUGCAUCUGAUCAGUGUUCAAGAUUCAGCAUUCCAAGAGGCUUUGGCUAAUCGUGCAGACUUUAAAGUUGACUUCGUUUUAUUCACCAAAGAUAAUCCCAAAGUUGGUCAAGAGAUCUCUAGUGGUGAUGCUAAUGCUUUGAGGAAUUCGAAUUUUAACCCAAAAAAUCCUACUCCUCGUGGGGAAUACAACAUUUUUGUUGUCGAUUGGGAAGGAGGAGCGAAAACAAUUAACUACAUUGCGGCCAGUAAAAACACCAAAGAAGCAGGUAAGCAACUUGCUAGCUUCAUCGACUUUUUGAAUGUGGAAACUGGUAUGAGUUUCAACACUCUCUACCUGAUUGGUCACAGUUUGGGUUCUCACGUUGUCGGUUAUGCCGGCAAGUAUGUUACUCGGGGAAAGGUUAACACCAUCUUUGGAUUGGAUCCUGCUCUCCCAUUGUUCUUCUUUGAUAAACCCGAGAAACGUUUGGCAGUUGGUGAUGCUCUGUAUGUUGAAUCUAUUCAAACCAAUGGAGGAAUGUUAGGUUUUGAUAAACCUAUUGGUAAUGCCGCAUUCUAUCCCAACUGGGGUGACUGGUGGAUGUUCACAUACUAG